UAAUCUGUUGGAUCAGAGCGUGGUCUCACCUCUCAUGAGAGCGCGUGUGUGUAAUUCGGCUGCUCCUAUGUCAAAAGCUCACAGGCAGAGAGGUUAGAGGUAUGUAGCGUGCAAAUGACCCGAACCCCGCGAAUCCAAGCUUUUCUCUUUCAUUCUUUCUCAAUCUCUUCAAUCUCUUCGUUUUCUUCUUCUUCUUCUUCCCCUUUGGCGCCCAGAACUCUUAUCCCUCGAUUCCAUCGCCCCAGCUUUCGAUUCGAUUCGUUCGAGAUGGGCAAAAUGUUCCCUGGCUUGUGGUUGAUUUCGACAAUGUUUGGUUGUAAGUUGUAAGAUCUUGGUUUUGUUGGGGUGAGAUAACUCUUCUUUAAAGGUUUAGUUGGGAUUUGAAAAUGGCAAAAGGAAGCAAGGGACGACGAUCUUCCCGUCAGUUCAGGCUUACUCCAUACCCUCUUCCUUCUUGCAAAAGGGAUAUCGGUGAGAAUUUAUGCCCAAAGAAAUGCUCAAAGGUGUUGGAUAAGAAAGAAUGGGAAGACGUGACAUGUUCUGUGUGCAUGGAGUACCCACACAAUGCCGUUCUUCUCCUUUGCUCUUCUCAUGACAAAGGUUGCCGUCCCUAUAUGUGUGGCACUAGCUUUCGUCAUUCCAACUGCCUCGAUCAGUACAAGAAAGCUUACGCAAAGGUUGUCUCAUCUAAUAAUGGACAGGCGGUGCAAGGCUCUAUGGAUAAUCCAAGCCUAUUACCAUAUUCAAACUUGCCACAUGAGAAGGAUGAAGUGACAGUGCUGGCAUGCCCCCUAUGUAGAGGUCAGGUCAAGGGUUGGACAGUUGUCAAACCUGCAAGGGAUUAUCUAAAUGCAAAGAAGAGAGGCUGCAUGCAGGAUAGCUGCUCGUUUAUUGGGAACUACAAGGAAUUGAAGAAGCAUGUGAGGGCAGAGCAUCCCUCAGGAUGUCCACGAGAUGUGGAUCCUGCGCUUGAACAGAAAUGGAGAUGGCUUGAGUGGGAGCGUGAGCGGGAAGAUGUUAUCAGCACAAUAACAUCAGCCAUGCCCGGGGCAAUGGUAUUCGGCGACUAUGUGAUCGAGGGAAAUCAUCAAGAUUUUGGUGCAGAUGAAGAGGAGGGGUCUCUUGAUGCAGAUGAUGCAGAAGGCAAUGGAAGAUUUCAAAUGAACAUAGAGACAAUGAAUUUCUUUCUCCUGCUGCAUGCAGUUCGACAAGGGAAUGACCUUAACAGGCGGCUAAGGCCUGAGCCGGAGCUGCCUUCCCAUCGAGUAUCUGGUGAGAAUGGUGCCCGCCAUGCAAGUCCUGUUAGCAGGUUGGAUUUGUCAGAUCACGAUGACGAUAACGAAAGGUACAGUGAAGGUGGUGAUGAUGGUAUGUCCCUAGUUAGCCGUCUGCAUCGCCAUGGCAAUGGUAGAGUUCUUCUAAGUCGCUCAGGUAGGAGGCGUAGGCGUAGAGCACAAGCUGAUCAGCAGUAGAUAACAUCAUGCUGGAAGCAGGUGGGAGAAGCACGAGCUUGUUAGGGAUUUGUAGGUUCAAAAACUCAAGCCACAAAAACUGGGUUGACUUGACACCCGGGUGCACUGAUUUUUUCCAGGAUAUAGGAAAAUCAAAAGGUGGGUAAUUUAUUUCUCUGUUGUAAUUUCUUUCACAUGUAAAUUCAACCUUCCUCCUAUCAUUAUUGCACAUUUCAUUGUGAAAUUUGCUUGUGUAAGUUUGAAAUUAUAAAAUUCCUAACAUUGCCUUGUAAUGGUUGGACGCUUCUGAAAAGUUUAAAUAAAAUUAGGAGGCAUGUAUUCUUUCACAA